ACCCACAACCUCAAACCCGGGGAAUGGAUUACCAACCCUGACCGCGAACCGCAUGCUUUAUGCUCAGCUUGCUUCCUGAUAAUCCGGUCGGCGUGCGACUAUAUGCUUUUGUCUCGCUUGCUCCAUCUUCCCUCACUUAAAUACGGCGCUUUUCCACACACUCUCCGCUGGCACAUUAGUUGUUAUCCUCCCGUUUUCCUUCGCGUCGCCAUUCUUCGACAUCUCCCCCGUCAACUACAUUGCACGACCGCGGACGACGCCGGAUUGCUUACUUAGAUCGAGUCUUGCGUGCUUAAAGAUCGGAUCAAUCCUUCCCCAGAGGCGCAAAGGGAGGGGAUGUCCGGGGCCGACUAACCGCACUCUGAGCACGACCGACAGUACAUCAGGACCUUAUCGUCAUUGACCAUCACAUUUCUGGCCAAGUAUGCCAGUCACCAUACUGGCUUCAACAGUCUCACAGAUUCGAGCGAUUGUAGUCACUUGUGUCGUUACCUUUUUCGUGCUGUGCACGUUUUCCGACGUCUUCGGCUCGACACCGGAACCCGACUCCUCAAGUAUAAAAUUCCAUCGCGGCGCCGGUAGAUUUGCCCCCUCCCGAGCGGUGGAGCGAGCUGUAUCGAACCCGGAAGGUGAGCCAGAACAUGCGGGUGGAGAGGCUCCGAUCUCGGCGGACGACAUUCCUCAUGGCGUUUCGGUCUUCAUGCCCGACAAUUUUGUGAAGCAUCUUGUUCUCCCGCGCACGAGCAGCGAAGACGUCACAUGGCUCACGUACCUCCCCGAGGAUCUCAAUAUAGUACCCAAGACAUACCUGGUUGAUCCGGAUAAAGACAGUGUACUGCCGGGCACACGGACUGUCCCAAUUAAUAAAGUAAACCCCGCAGCUCUCUAUGUUCCCCCUCGUGGGAGGCUAACAAAGCCACAAGGGCCACGAAGCGCAGGCGUACCUGACCUACAUAAUAGAGCACUACGAUAACCUCCCAGACAUUGCAAUCUUCACACACGCGCAUUCGACAGCCUGGCACAAUAACGACCUGCAACUAUCCUCAACCCCCGUGAUGCUCCUGGAGAUGAACUACCGGCGAGUCGUACGGCACGGAUACAUGAACCUCCGUUGCCACUGGAAGCCCGGCUGCCCGGACUGGAUAAAGCCCAACUCGACGGAAUACGACGACUUCAAGAAGGAAGAAUCCGUCAUGUACGACUCGUUCAUGGAGCUCUUCCCGGAGGAGAUGGUGCGCGGCGGCGUCCCAAACAUUCUCGGCACCCCCUGCUGCGCUCAAUUCGCCGUAUCCCGCUCGCGAAUAGCCCAGCAUGCCAAGGAGCGCUACAUAUCCUGGAGGAAAUGGAUCACCGAUACCCCUCUCAGCGACGAGGUCUCGGGGAGAGUGUUGGAGUACCUCUGGCACUUCAUUUUCUCCUCCCCGUCCCUAGCGAAGAACGCGGACAAAGCUAUGCAUUGCCCGGCGGAGCACGUGUGCUACUGCGACGGGUACGGGUACUGUUUUGGCGACGCCACAAAGUUCCAGCGCUUGAUCGAGAAGCGGGGUGAAGCGCAGAAACUUGCUGAACGGUUGAAAGCGGCGGAAGAGGGGGUUGGCAAGCAGGAUGGCGAGGACGAAGCGUGGCGGCAGGCGGGUAUAAAGCAGUGGAAGUGGGAGCUCAGCAGGAUGGAACGGGAGUGCGAGGUGGAAGUUCAGCACGCUCGCAGACGCGGGAGUGAUGCGAAGAUGAGGAGGGGGGAGGUCGGCGAGUUGGAGUUUUCCCGGUGAAGGUGCGAGUGACGGGUAUCAUGCAUGAUUUAAGCGUUUGCAAGCAUUAGAGGCGUUUCGUUGCUUUUCUCAGUGUUGUUUUGCCGGAGUUUGGGGAGGGGCAUGGUUUGAGUGAAAUGUAUAUGAGUAUCAUAGCAUCAUUAUUUACAGUACAGUACAAG